UCAAAAACCAUCUCACACCAAAACAUAAAGCUCCCAUCAUCUUAUUUACUUUCAAAUCUUACUAAAUACACCCCCUCAACUUUCAUUUCUACUAUCAAAACCCAAAUGGGUCAAAGCUCGAGCUUCACCACCGUCAUGGUGGCUGUUCUGCUGGUAAUGAUGUUCGGUUCAGCCUACUCAGGCAACUUCUUCAAUGAGUUCGACCUCACGUGGGGUGACCACAGGGGGAAAAUCUUCAACGGAGGAAACAUGUUGUCUCUGUCUCUGGACCGGGUUUCCGGGUCGGGGUUCAAAUCCAAGAAAGAGUAUCUAUUCGGACGUAUCGAUAUGCAGCUUAAACUCGUCGCCGGUAACUCAGCCGGUACCGUCACUACUUACUACUUGUCGUCACAAGGAGCAACGCAUGAUGAGAUAGAUUUCGAGUUUCUAGGGAAUGAGACAGGUAAGCCUUAUGUUCUUCACACCAAUGUCUUUGCUCAAGGGAAAGGCAACAGAGAACAACAGUUCUAUCUCUGGUUCGACCCAACCAAGAACUUCCACACUUACUCUAUUGUCUGGAGACCACAACACAUCAUAUUCUUGGUGGACAAUUUGCCUAUAAGAGUGUUCAACAAUGCAGAGAAGCUUGGUGUUCCUUUCCCAAAGAACCAACCAAUGAUGAUCUACUCGAGUCUGUGGAAUGCAGAUGAUUGGGCUACAAGAGGCGGUCUGGUAAAAACUGACUGGUCCAAGGCUCCUUUCACAGCUUACUACAGAGGAUUCAACGCUGCGGCUUGCACUGUCUCUUCAGGAUGUGAUCCCAAAUUCAAGACUUCUUUAAGUGAUAGUGAAUUGCAAACGGCAAAUGAGCUCAAUGCAUAUGGCAGGAGGAGACUCAGAUGGGUGCAGAAAUACUUCAUGAUCUAUAAUUAUUGCUCUGAUCUCAAAAGGUUCCCUAGAGGAUUCCCUCCUGAGUGCAGGAGGUCAAGAGUCUAAUGAAAAACAAUAAACAUCCCAUAUGAUUAUGUGUCUGCUUGUUGCAGUUUCCUCUCUUUGAUUCUAAAGAUUUGUUUCUUCUUUGUUAUGUUUCCAUUGUACAUUCUCGAGGUCAAUAAAUCUAUUUCCUGCU